UCCUUCCUUACAAAGCUUUAAAAUGAAUUUUCCUUCUUUCUUUCGUUUUUUAAUUUUUUUUCUACAAAAAUGGAAUUUACAAUCCAGAUAGUAUGGGAAUUCCACUGUACAAGGAACAACAUCUGCCAGCGAUCAAAUAUCCAAGGGCUGCAUAUCUGCCACGUAGCAAAUGCUGUAAGAACCCCGUGAGUAGACAAGUUGGGUUUUGGAUAUUCGGACCCUUGAACCAUGAUGCCAAAAGCAAAAGCCGACAAGCGACAAAGCCAACAACGUAUUUGAUAUUUCCAAACUCAGUGGAAAAACAAGACAGGAGCUUUAGUGGAAGGAUUCUUUGAAAGUUUUGAUAAACAUUAAAGGAAAAAAUGGAAACUUUAGGAUUGGCAGAGAUGGAGAUGGAAGUGGACUCUAGUUUUGCAAAUUCGGAUGUUGGAUCCACUCAGGCUCGAUCUGCUUUUCAAUGGGGUGGCACCAUUUUUGCCUUAUUUUUAUUACUCAUGAACCGAACAGGACGGAGAUCACAUAUGCAGACAAACCUCCUAGUAUUAUAUCUUUUUGCUAGUUUCCCAACCGUACUCUUCAAAAUCUUAAGAGGGCAAUUUGGUUGCUGGGUUGCAUUUCUUGCUGUUGCUUCAAACCUUUUUUUUCCCCAAACCUUUCCAGAUAGAUUGCGAGACGACAUUGUACCUGGCAUCUUGUGUCUCAUAAUUGCAAUUUUAGUUAUCCUAACAGAAAUUCGUGGAAUUGGAGGAUUGGAGAAUUGUCAAUGUAAAUGUCAUUGCUUUGGUUACUGGUUUGGUGUAGCUUGCUUAUUUUUCUUUACAAUCUUGUAUCUUGCUACUUAAAAGAAUUGAAAAGUAUCAUUGGGAGAACAUUUUUUUACUUAAUCUUGAACUUGGUUAUAGCUCCAAAAUGAGAAUGAAUUAUUUCAACCAAUUGGCCUGGGAGUAUCAGCUACUUAAUUCUGGACAAUAUUUUUUUUUGAUACUUGACAACCUGUGAUUUGAACUAUGAUCACUGAAAUUAAGAGUUCAAUAUUCUACCAACAGGUCACGAUGCUGUUGGCAAUUAUGGACAAUAUUGCUUCUACUCUGUUAUAUAUAUGCUUUUUCCAUACGUAGCCUUGCUAGAAAAACAAAAACGUUUCUUAAAAGAAGAAAAGAUGGCAUUCUUGAAGCAUAGCAGCUAGUUUUACUCUUUACCAACAUGAGAUGUCAUACACUAGUAUUUGCAAAAUUUUCAUUUGGGCAUCGUCACAAAUUCAAAAGUUUUCUUGCUAGAGUUUUCCUUCAUUAGAUGUAUUUAUGGCACACCAGAGAUCCAAAGCCAGGAGAAACUUGGGUGGUUGGCUCGGUCAAGCUCAAUUAUUUACAAUAAUUGAAGGGUAAGUGAAAGCACCUUCUGAUUAUAAUUGAACAUGCCUGAUUU